UUGAAAAAUCAUACAAUGACAUAAGCUCAGCCGGCAUUAUUGAAAGAAAAUUUGCCACGAUGUCGCGCGAAUCAGCUCAUGUUUCGUAAUUUGUAACAUUGUGAAGAAUUUUAUAUGUAUAAAAAUCCAAACCUAUGUAUGUAAAUGGCAUUGUAAAACAUAAAACUUGGCAAACCAGUUGUAAAGUGAGCUGCACAUUAUGGAACCAUCACUGAUAUAUUUAUUAGUAUUGGCAUUUUGCGGGGUUGGCUCUAUUUCAUGCGCAGAAUUAUCAGACGAACAGCUCAGGGUUUUGUUUGAUACCCCUUUUGACAUUGAAGAGUUUGUAAACAACAUGUUUGAUUUACCUCCUUCUCAAGAGCUUUACGUUUACGAAUAUUUACUAGACCUUAUUGGAAAUUUGGAGAAAGAUUCAAAAAUGGCCAAGUUCCUGAACGCAUCGUUGAACUUGCUACAACAAAAAAUCGACCAAUUCAACGAACAACACAAGCUUCAGAAAGUGCAGAUAAGAAAAUUCAUCCAGAAACGUAUCGAUGUUCAGCUAAAAGCAGAAGCUAAGAAAGGAGCUGCAAACGCAGCAGGGAAUAAACCUGGUUCAACUUCAGAAAAACCCACCCCCACAAUUUGUGCUAGCAAACCGUCACUCAAAUCUCAGCCUUCUUCCGAGAAAAACAGCAAAGACAGCGCUGACCAGAAACCCACACCAAAGGGGUCAGAAAAUCCUAUUUCGAUAACGAAGAAAAUGAACAGUGAGCCAAAACCAACAACCAAUAAUGCAAUUGGAUCCCAAGGUUCGAAAAAUUACAAGUUGAAACCUGAAAAAUCUGAAUUAGAAAAUAAGAAAAACACACUUCAAAAAUCAGAACCUGUGAAAGAACCUCCUUCAUCAAAAAAUGAAAAUCUCCAUAUAGUUGUCACUUCUAAAUCGAAAUCAAACAUCGAGAAACCACUCUUACAAUUGAUUCAGGCUCCUCUGCCCACCAAUCCGCUCAAUUUCAUUCUAUCCUUUGACGAUGAUGAACCCUCGAAAAAGAAGAAAAUGCAUUCCUCACGUAAAGCAAAAAAUACCCCAACAACUCUCUCAUCAGCACCAGCACCAAUCAGCAAAACUAAAAACUCAAAAUUAUCACCAAACUCUAAGCAAACACAACCGAAUGUUCAGGCUUUUUUGCCAACGAAACCACUCGCUGCUACUUCAAAGCAUACCAAACUAAAAUCCGAAGGUUUGAAUAAAGUUACUUCGAAACCUCAGCCAAAGUCUCCAGAACCUGAAAAGAAACCAACUUCAAGAGCAAAUGAAAAUAACUCAAAGGCUUCCCUAUCUGCUACACCAUCAGUGGGUAGAAAAAGCACACCACCAUCAACCAGCAUAAAAGAUUCAUCACAAAAGAUUCCAACUCCUAAGCCAACCAAUCCGGCCUCUAUUGUAAAUCGGCCUAAAGUGGAACUAAUAAAAAAAGACAUAAAACCAGCAAAAACAGUGGAAACUACUACCUCGUUGGUGAAACCUAAAAUUAUGACCAAGCCUCGUCUAGAUGAAAAAUCUUCCAAACAGAAACCCCUCCAGAGUGGCAAUUCUUACGUUGAUCCUGAAGCUUUCAGACUGCAUCAGUUACGUAAUAGAACCGAAACAGCUAACAAAGCAUCAUUUUCUGUUUAACGUAUUUAUACGAGUAGGUUUUAUAACUCAACUCUUAUUUGUUUACAUAAAAUAGGUACCAUGUUCAGAUAGGUACCUAUUCUCCUAUUGCCUAAUAUGUUUAAAAGUAAAUCGAAUAAAUAUAUUGAAUUACAGGUUUUUUUUA